UUUCAUAAUCAGUUUCUGUUCUUCGGAUAAUAGCUUAUGGUUUGUCUUUACUUGUUCGUCUGUUAUCUAUUAUGUGUUGAUUAGCAGCACAAGUGGUUGUAUUCACAAAGACCUUUUUUGCAUAGUAAAAUUAGAUGUAGGAGCAGUGUCCUAGGUGAAGCCUAAAGCUUAUCUCUUUUUGUGGCUCUCUAUUUAACUUUACUUUCUAUCUCUUCUCCUUUGUGAUUGACAGCGAUAAGAGAUUAUCUUUGUUGGGAUUUGUAUAUAAGGAAGGCUGUGGUUUGAGAGGAAGGAAACAAAAUCAGGUUUUGAGUGAUGGGGGUUGAGGACUUGUGCUUUGACAAGUUGAUGGUUAGCAAUAGCUGUAGUAGUGAUGGUAGGGUGGGGGGAAUUAUGAUCAAGGAGUGGAAGGACAUACCAAUGGAGCUUCUGUUGAGGAUUGUCUCUCUGGUGGAUGAUCGGACGGUUAUUGUGGCUUCUGGAGUUUGCUGUGGCUGGAGAGAUGCCAUUUCUUGGGGUCUCACCCAACUUUCCCUUUCUUGGUGCAAGAAAAACAUGAACAAUUUGGUUUUAUCGCUCGUUUGCAAGUUCACAAAGCUGAGGGUUCUAAUUCUGCGACAAAGCUUACCACAACUUCAGGAUAAUGCUGUUGAGGCAAUUGCAAAUCGCUGUCAUGAACUGCAAGAGCUAGAUCUGAGCAAGAGCUUUAAGCUGACUGACCGCUCUCUAUAUGCGUUGGCCCACGGUUGUCCAAACCUCAAGAAGCUAAACAUAAGUGGGUGCACGGCUUUCAGUGAUAAUGGAAUUGCAUAUCUUUCUGAGCACUGCAGGAAACUGGAAGUCUUUAAUCUCUGUGGGUGCGUUAAAGGAGCCACUGAUAAGGCAUUGAAGGCUAUUGGAUACUACUGCAACCGCUUGCAGUCUGUAACUCUGGGGUGGUGUGAGAAAGUCAGUGAUGAAGGCGUGAUGAGUUUGGCUUAUGGUUGCCCUGAUCUGAGAGCCCUUGACUUGUGUGGCUGUGUUCUUAUAACAGAUGAAAGCGUAAUUGCGUUGGCAAACAACUGUCCUCACCUGAGAUCCCUUGGGCUGUACUACUGCCAGAACAUAACGGAUAGGGCAAUGUACUCUCUGGCUCAAAGUCGUGCCAAAAAGCACAAGCACGAGAUUUGGCAAUCCAUGAAGAAGAGCAGGUACGAGGAAGAAGGGCUGAUGAAUCUGAACAUCAGCCAGUGCACAGCCCUCACCCCUCCGGCUGUUCAGGCAGUUUGCGACUCCUUCCCUGCUCUCCAUACUUGCCCAGGCCGUCAUUCCCUCAUUAUAAGCGGUUGUCUGAGCCUGACAUCAGUGCAUUGCGCCUGCGCGGUGCAAGCACACCGUGCACACACUGCAGUGCCUCACACGGCUCAUUAAGUAAGUCUUGUAUUGUCGUAGAGAGAUGGCAAUACCAGUCUCUCUGGUUUCAGAGUACGAUGUUGUAUAUAUUCCCUUUCUUUCUCUCUUGUUGUGUGAACGACUAGGCUUUUGCAAUUUGAAGUGUUGUAGCUUUUGGACU